CUUUUAACUAAUUUUCUUUAUCGAAUCGAGUCUCUGAAGUUCCUACUAGUUGAUUUUCUCUGUCCCUUGUUGUUAGGGUUGUGGCUUUCAUCAUUGAUGUGUUUUAUACAUAUUAGAUUAACUCGGUUGUGGCUUUCAUUAUCGAUGCGUUUUACAUCGAUCACAUUAACUCAUAAUAGGCUCUGAAACAAACAAACUUCACGUUGUAGUACGACGUCCAGCUGCGGAUCCAGGGGGCCGCCCCCGGGCUGCGGCCCAGCCCUCCUCUGGAUCUCGAGCUAGUAUAACACUUGUAAUUUUUGAUUUUUGGUAUUUGUUUCAGUAUUUUUCACGUUACGGUCCAACCAUCUCCGCCUUUUUUCAAAAGUGACCCAGUGCUCUACCCUAUCCUGAUCCUUCUUGUGUUUGCUUUUCCC